GCUGCCCCGGGAGGUCCCGCCCACUCCCCGCCCACACGGGAUACUCCGCCUUCCAGGGCUCGGGCUCCGCCCUUGGCCCGCUUGCUGCUCUGGCGCGCAUUUCCCGGAAUUCAGGACCCCAGACCUCCCCGGCGGCUACACCCUAGAAAACACCCAGGGCAACUACGCUGGAGAAACGUGCCCCCGUAUGGAGACCUAUUCAGAAUGCUCACAACGACUCUGAGGGGAAGCGCACCGGACUGUCUGCUCCAGAGAAUAUUAUGCACAGUAAAACUGUGGAGGAAAACUGAUCAUGAAGGAGGUUGUUAGUGAGACGGACCUUCAGGAGGAGGAGAAGAAACGGAGAAGGUUUGAAGCUGGCUCCACAAGGGACACGGUGACAUGAGGGACACCCCACUGACCCAUCUUCUGGCCAUCUCCUUCCUUUGUCUACUCUCAAUGGUGUGUGCCCAGCUGUGUCCAACAUCCUGUACUUGUCCCUGGACACCACCCCAGUGCCCAGUAGGGGUGCCCCUGGUGUUGGAUGGCUGUGGCUGCUGUCAAGUGUGUGCACGACGGCUGGGGGAGUCCUGUGACCAUCUACAUGUCUGCGACUCCAGCCAGGGCCUGGUUUGUCAACCUGGGGCAGGCCCUGGUGGCCGGGAGGCCACGUGCCUCUUGGAAGAGGAGGAUGGAAGCUGUGAGGUGAACGGCCACAGGUACCUGGAUGGGGAGACAUUUCAGCCCAACUGCAGGGUCCUCUGCCGCUGCAAUGAUGGUGGCUUCACCUGCCUGCCGCUGUGCAGUGAGGAUGUACGGCUGCCCAGCUGGGACUGCCCACGCCCUAGGAGAGUAGAGGUGCCUGGUAGGUGCUGUCCUGAGUGGGUGUGUGACCAGGGAGUGACGCCGAGGAUCCAGCCUCACACAGCCCAAGGACACCAGCUUUCUGGCCUUGUCACUCCUGCAUCUGCUGAUGUCCCCUGUCCAAAAAUUAGCACAGCCUGGGGCCCCUGCUCAACCACCUGUGGGCUGGGUAUAGCCACUCGAGUUUCCAACCAGAACCGAUUCUGUCAACUGGAGAUCCAGCGCCGCCUGUGUCUGCCCAGACCCUGCCUGGCAGCCAGGAGUCGCAGCUCAUGGAACGGUGCCUUCUAGAGCCAACUGGGGAUGGAGAUACAGAGCCUGCCAUUCUCAGUGGGUGUCCCUGGGACUCGGCCCUGGACUGAUGGCACAUGUCCCUUUCCAUGCUCUUGGCUGCAGUUAACUGUCCUGGUUGGGUUCACUGUCCAGUGCUACUGAGGGAUGACCAGCUCCAUUUUCUAAUUCAGACCCAGGCUUCUGGGUUCCCCUGGCUAGUUCCUUAUCAAACAUGCACACAGGACAACUUUCUCUCCAGACUUCCCAGUAUGAAAAAGACCACUGAAAGGGUCUUUACAGCUAAGCUGAGCUGGGAAAGCCUGGCCACCAUGCUGGGGACAAUGGGAACAAGGGGGUACCAGGCAUCAGAUUGUCUGAAACCCCCAAUCCCCUCUGGGACUUCUGUGCACAUGUCUCCAAAGUCAAAAUUAUAGGUGGACUCAUGGGCUUGGCUUCCCUGAUCUGAGAAUACUCUGCCUGCCUGGGAAGAAUUCAGUGGCAGAAUUCUCUGUGAACAUGAAGAGAUGAAAUCAUACUGCCCCAAGGAGUAUCUACAAGACCCACGAACUUCACUCUAUUUGUAAGAACACACAUUUCUUAAGCACCCAAAAAGCAGGAGGUUCACAGCUCCACACUUCUGGUAGGCCAGGGCUCUUCAGUAGGAGAAAGACAAGGGACAGCAGACUGUCCUCUGAAGGACACGACCAGCCUGGAAUAAACAGCCAAACCACGUGUGGAAUUUUGUUUGGUGUCCUGUGUUUUCAUGUCAACCAAAACAAACAAACCCCCCACCUAAAUAUAAAAUUUACAUCCUCUUA